UGAAGUUAUUAAAAUUAAUGAUGGAGAAUCGACUAAAAAAGUAUCAAGUAAUAAAGGAAAAUUGAAGAAAAAUAAUAAAUCAAAAAAGAAAAUGAAGAAAAAUAAAAUGGGUAAAAAUGUGGAUAAUAAAUUAAGUUUGGAUAAGGAAAUUAAAAGUGCAUCAAAUUUAGUUGGGGAAAUUGGAUGGGAGGAAGAUGAGAAGGACAUUGGGGAUUCAGAGAAGAAUAUUGAAGAAGUAAAAAAGGAACAGGAGGUAAAGGAAGAGAGGAAAAAGGAAAAGGAAGGAGAGAAGGAAGAGGAUGAAGAAAAGAAGGCAAAGGGAAAGGAUGAAAGGGAAGAUGAAAAGGACAUGGGGGAUUUAGUGAAGAAUAUUGAAGAAGUAAAGAAGGAAGAGGAGGUAAAGGAAAAGAGGAAAAACAAGAAGGAAGGGGAGAAGGAAGAGGAAGAAGAAAAGAAGGCAAGUGGCAAUGGUAAAAGAGAAGAUGAAAAGGAAGAAAGUAAGUCAAAGACGGAAGAAGAGGAGAAAGAAGAGAAGGAUAAAGCAAAAGAUCUACAAAUAAUUGAAGAAGAUAUGAAAAAGGCGGUUAAGGAAGAAUUUGAAAACGAAGACGAUCUGACAGGAAAAAUAAAAAUCGGGAAAGGACUAAUUAAUAAAAAUGUUCAAGCAAAUGAGAGUCAGAAACCUUGGAUUUUGAAAGAAUUUAUCAAUUCAGAUGGGGAAAAUAAACUAAAAAAUUUAUAUAAGAGUGUUAUAGAAAACCCUCAAAAUUUCAAUGAAAAAAAGAUUUUGGAUGUAGUUGUUUAUUUAAAUUUGUUGACGAAACGUUUUGAAGUUUUGAAAUAUUUGAGGAAAUUCCCCCAAGUUUUUGAAAUUUUAUUUCCUGGAGAAGAUGAGGGAAAUGAAAAAAAUGGAGAUAAAUUAGUAGCAAAAUUGGAAAGAACUUGGGAAUAUAAAUUAAAUAAAGAUUUUAAGAAAAAAGUUGGAAUAAAAGAAAUUAAUAAAAUUGAAAAGGAUUUGUAUUGUAUUAUGUUGGAUUUAAUUAAAAGAAUGAAUGGAAUAGUUGAAUUAAAAUGUAAAGUUAAGAAUGUGAAAAAGGAAGAGCUAUUAAAGGUCAGUUUAUGUAUGUUCCGGAUCUGCCCGAGUUUUGUAGGUCUACGAGCACAUGUAGGCGAAGUUGGAAUUGGGACAAGAUCAGACGGGAGAUCAGGCUAA